UGGCUGCAGGCUGUGUGUACUUUGUAUCAGGAACUGUCAUGUCAGGGAUGUGUGUUAUACAGAGCUAAACUGGUGCAGGGUGAGGGGACAGCUGAUUGUUAUACUGAGAUGACACCAGGAGGGGUGUGUGUGAUACAGAGCUAAACUGGUGCAGGGUGAGGGGACAGCUGAUUGUUAUACUGAGGUGACACCAGGAGGGGUGUGUGUGAUACAGAGCUAAACUGGUGCAGGGUGAGGGGACAGCUGAUUGUUAUACUGAGGUGACACCAGGAGGGGUGUGUGUUAUACAGAGCUAAACUGGCGCAGGGUCAGGGGACAGCUGAUUGUUAUACUGAGGUCACACCAGGAGGGGUGUGUGUGAUACAGAGCUAAACUGGUGCAGGGUGAGGGGACAGCUGAUUGUUAUACUGAGGUGACACCAGGAGGGAUGUGUGUUAUACAGAGCUAAACUGGUCCAGGGUGAGGGGACAGCUGAUUGUUAUACUGAGGUCACACCAGGAGGGGUGUGUGUGAUACAGAGCUAAACUGGUGCAGGGUGAGGGGACAGCUGAUUGUUAUACUGAGGUGACACCAGGAGGGAUGUGUGUUAUACAGAGCUAAACUGGUGCAGGGUCAGGGGAGAGCUGAUUGUUAUACUGAGGUGACACCAGGAGGGGUGUGUGUGAUACAGAGCUAAACUGGUGCAGGGUGAGGGGACAGCUGAUUGUUAUACUGAGGUGACACCAGCAGGGAUGUGUGUUAUACAGAGCUAAACUGGUGCAGGGUGAGGGGACAGCUGCUUGUUAUACUGAGGUGACACCAGCAGGGAUGUGUGUUAUACAGAGCUAAACUGGUGCAGGGUGAGGGGACAGCUGAUUGUUAUACUGAGGUGACACCAGGAGGGGUGUGUGUUAUACAGAGCUAAACUGGUGCAGGGUGAGGGGACAGCUGAUUGUUAUACUGAGGUGACACCAGGAGGGAUGUGUGUUAUACAGAGCUAAACUGGUCCAGGGUGAGGGGACAGCUGAUUGUUAUACUGAGGUGACACCAGGAGGGGUGUGUGUUAUACAGAGCUAAACUGGUGCAGGGUCAGGGGACAGCUGAUUGUUAUACUGAGGUGACACCAGGAGGGGUGUGUGUUAUACAGAGCUAAACUGGUGCAGGGUGAGGGGGCAGCUGCUUGUUAUACUGAGGUGACACCAGGAGGGGUGUGUGUUAUACAGAGCUAAACUGGUGCAGGGUGAGGGGACAGCUGAUUGUUAUACUGAGGUGACACCAGGAGGGGUGUGUGUUAUACAGAGCUAAACUGGUGCAGGGUGAGGGGACAGCUGCUUGUUAUACUGAGGUGACACCAGGAGGGGUGUGUGUGAUACAGAGCUAAACUGGUGCAGGGUCAGGGGAGAGCUGAUUAUUAUACUGAGGUGACACCAGGAGGGGUGUGUGUUAUACAGAGCUAAACUGGUGCAGGGUUAGGGGACAGCUGAUUGUUAUACUGAGGUGACACCAGGAGGGGUGUGUGUUAUACAGAGCUAAACUGGUGCAGGGUCAGGGGACAGCUGAUUGUUAUACUGAGGUGACACCAGGAGGGGUGUGUGUUAUACAGAGCUAAACUGGUGCAGGGUCAGGGGACAGCUGAUUGUUAUACUGAGGUGACACCAGGAGGGGUGUGUGUGAUACAGAGCUAAACUGGUGCAGGGUCAGGGGACAGCUGAUUGUUAUACUGAGGUGACACCAGGAGGGGUGUGUGUGAUACAGAGCUAAACUGGUGCAGGGUGAGGGGACAGCUGAUUGUUAUACUGAGGUGACACCAGGAGGGGAGUGUGUUAUACAGAGCUAAACUGGUGUAGGGUGAGGGGACAGCUGAUUGUUAUACUGAGGUGACACCAGGAGGGGUGUGUGUGAUACAGAGCUAAACUGGUGCAGGGUGAGGGGACAGCUGAUUGUUAUACUGAGGUGACACCAGGAGGGAUGUGUGUGAUACAGAGCUAAACUGGUGCAGGGUGAGGGGACAGCUGAUUGUUAUACUGAGGUGACACCAGGAGAGAUGUGUGUUAUACAGAGCUAAACUGGUGCAGGGUGAGGGGACAGCUGAUUGUUAUACUGAGGUGACACCAGGAGGGAUGUGUGUUAUACAGAGCUAAACUGGUGCAGGGUCAGGGGACAGCUGAUUGUUAUACUGAGGUGACACCGGGAGGGAUGUGUGUUAUACAGAGCUAAACUGGUGCAGGGUCAGGGGACAGCUGCUUAUUAUACUGAGGUGACACCGGGAGGGGUGUGUGUUAUACAGAGCUAAACUGGUGCAGGGUGAGGGGACAGCUGAUUGUUAUACUGAGGUGACACCAGGAGGGAUGUGUGUUAUACAGAGCUAAACUGGUGCAGGGUGAGGGGACAGCUGAUUGUUAUACUGAGGUGACACCAGGAGGGGUGUGUGUGAUACAGAGCUAAACGUUCAGGGUGAGGGGGACAGCUGAUUGUUAUACUGAGGUGACACCAGGAGGGAUGUGUGUUAUACAGAGCUAAACUGGUCCAGGGUGAGGGGACAGCUGAUUGUUAUACUGAGGUGACACCAGGAGGGGUGUGUGUUAUACAGAGCUAAACUGGUGCAGGGUGAGGGGACAGCUGAUUGUUAUACUGAGGUUACACCAGGAGAGAUGUGUGUUAUACAGAGCUAAACUGGUGCAGGGUGAGGGGACAGCUGAUUGUUAUACUGAGGUGACACACGUGUGUUAUACAGAGCUAAAGCUUGUGCAGGCCUAUAAAAUACUAAGCUUUUAGGGUGUCACCAAGAGGGAUGACAGUUGUUUUACUGAGUAUCAUUUAGAGUAAAAAUGGUUAAUCUGCAGCCAGCUGAGGGUAGUGGUUGUGUUGUCACCAUUUCCAGACCACCACAUGACCCUUGUACGAAAGCUGGGGGAAAUAUGCAAAAAGUAGAUUAUGGCAGCGAGAGAAAGCCAGUGACACUGCACCCAAAUGUGUCUAAAAAUGAGUGUGAUGGGCAGUGGAGCUGCAGCGGAGUCAUCCUGGACGCUAGCUUAGGGAUAGUGCUAUGUCAUGGGGCAAUAUUUUUCCCCUUCCUGAAAAAGACAGAAAGGAAAUUCCCAGAAACUGAUGACAAUCUUUUCCUAGCUAAUGAUUUUGUCACAGAUCUGAUAAUACAGGUGGAAUGUCCUUCUGAGCCCAGAAAUGCUAAACUGGAAGAUCACCCCAUUACUGUGGUCCAAGAGCAGAGAAUUGGACUGAUCCCUAUAGCAAACCAUGCAGGGUCACCCUCAGACCGACAGCAACUCUGUGCACAGAUACUUAUGCUGGUGCCCUGUGUAGAAUUCCAUGUGGCAUUUUCUAGAUUGUUUGGAAAAACAGAAGGUUGGGUGUUCUCCAGUGAAGAGGAGAAGCAUGAGUUUGGUGAGAUGCAGAAGGACCUGGCCUAUCUUCAUUGGUUUGCUGUUUUGAGGCUCCAAUGCCCCUUGACUGUGCAAUGUGGUAAAAUCACCUUCAUAGACUCCUCAAAAUUGCUGAAAGGCAGUGAAGUUUUUGCUUGUGGGUCCCCAUUUGGUUCUUUCUACCCAGACAUCUUCCUGAACACAGUGAGCAAAGGGGUCCUCAGUAAUACAGCUGGCCACAGAAAUGUUGUUCUUCUGACCGAUGCUCGAUGCUUGCCGGGUUCAGAAGGAGGUGGCAUAUUUGUUGUUGAAGGAGAUUGGUUGCAUCUAGCAGGCAUUGUUGUGUCACCCCUUUGCUGGAAGAACAACGAAUGGGUAGGACUGACCUUAGCGUGCUCCAUUAGCCACAUUCUGAGGAACAUCACCAAAGCUUUAGGUAGGACUAGUGCAUAUGUAAAACACAGCCUAGAAGCAAUGCAGCUGGUGAACAAUUGUGUCGCUGAUCUUAAGAGAAGUCCCAACCAUAUAGAGCAGCUGGUAGCAGCCGUUGUUCUGAUAGACUCGGGCGGAGUUUGGGGAUCUGGUGUCUUACUGGACCAAAAGAUGGUGCUGACGUGUCGGCAUGUGGUAAGGGAUGCAACCAACGUCUUGGUGAAGAUUCGGCAUCCGGCAUCUGACAAGUUUCAGACAGUUACAGGACAGGUGCUGUUUUGCACUGAAGAAGCGUCUCCAUUUGACAUUGCAGUUGUAGAACUGGAAAAAAUGGUCCCAGGUAUUCCUAAACCUGUGUGGCCUUCUGAUUAUCGCACAGGUGAAGAUGUUUUUGUCCUUGCAUAUGGAGCGUUUGGUGAGAAUUGUGGUCCGUCUGUAACUUCUGGAUCCCUGUCUGCUGUGAUUUGUGUGGGCGAUGUCCCAGCCAUGCUACAAACCACCUGUGCAGUUCAUGGUGGCUCAAGUGGAGGUCCUGUGGUCAGUGCUCGCUCUGGAAAACUACUUGGGAUUGUAACCAGUAACACGAGAGAUAAUGCUACCGGUGCCACGUACCCCCAUCUGAACUUCAGUAUCCCUAUAUCUGUCUUACAGACGGCCUUACAGAGGUACAGACAGUUUGGAGAGCUGAGCGGAUUCCAAGAGCUAAAUAAGGCCAGUCGCGCGGUGAGAGACGUGUGGCGCUUGCAGAGGAGGCAGGAAAAUGUUUUGCAGAGCAAACUCUGAAUGACAGCUUAUAGAUCCCAGUUCUGUCCACUCUACAAAGACUGCAUCACCAUUUUAUAGAGGGAAGUUUCCUUUAUUUAGGCGUAUCAACUGAGUUUAUAAAGGGGCAUAAUAUUUAAAAAUGAAAAAUGCACAAGCGCACUACAGUUUUCAUUUAAAAACAUUUUUGCAAUAUACCUGUAUUUGCAAAAAUUGUUCUACUAAAAAUGAUCACUGUUUCAGGGGCAUAUGUGCAUAUGCUGCAUGCACUGUGCAGAAAGCCAGCCUUGGCAUGCAUCUUAUCAGAGAUGACCCACAUAAGCUACCUCCAGCUCAUAGCAUGUGCGUUGUUUGAACGCGGGUGCACAUGUUAUAGGUGCGGUAACAUUUUACUAGAAUUCUAUAAGUUAUGUAUACUACAAAAAUACAUCAUUUAUACUCAUCCUAACUCGCAUCACACUUCCUUUGAGGUACUGGGGACAUCAUCUUGAGAAACGCUAUAUUCUGUUUAAUUAUUUACCUAAACCUCUUAAUCGCAAUACGCACUGAAGCAUUACCAUAACGACACCUAAAACACGGCGCAUUCUGUUUGCCUUCCCAUCACACUCAGAAUGGUCUCUUGAUUAGAUGCCUUAUGAAUAUUCAUGUGGGAUAAACUGUGAGUACACAGAUGAGACAACCGUGAAUCUAACUAUAGUGAAACGAUCCGUCGUCAUGAUCACCCCAAACCCAACUUAAUAUAUAAAUCAUUAUGAAAGCGCAUCCUGCAGACUCCUCUACCCUCCCAUCUCGUGGUCUCAACAAACCAGCAGGGCCCCCAAAUCAAUGUGUGAGACCACUGAGGAAUGUCACAAAAUAAUCAGUCAAGUCACAUUGUUCUCUCUAGUUUGUAGUUAAAGGGACAGUCUACUCCAGAAUUAUUAUUGCUUAAAAAAGGUAAUCCCUUUAUUACCCACAUUUGCAUAACCAACACUGUUAUAUUAAUACACUUUUUACCUCUGUGAUUACCCCGUAUCUAACCCUCUGCAGACUGCCCCUUAUCUCAGUUAUAUUAAUAUACUUUUUACCUCUGUGAUUACCCCGUAUCUAACCCUCUGCAGACUGCCCCUUAUCUCAGUUAUAUUAAUAUACUUUUUACCUCUGUGAUUACCCCGUAUCUAACCCUCUGCAGACUGCCCCUUAUCUCAGUUAUAGUAAUAUACUUUUUACCUCUGUGAUUACCUUGUAUCUAAGCCUCUGCUGACUGUCCCCUUAUCUCAGUUAUAUUAAUAUACUUUUUACCUCUGUGAUUACCCUGUAUCUAAGCCUCUGCAGACUGCCCCUUAUCUCAGUUAUAUUAUUAUACUUUUUACCUCUGUAAUUGCCUUGUAUCUAAGCCUCUGCAGACUGCCCCUUAUCUCAGUUAUAUUAAUAUACUUUUUACCUCUGUGAUUACCCCGUAUCUAACCCUCUGCAGACUGCCCCUUAUCUCAGUUAUAUUAAUAUACUUUUUACCUCUGUGAUUACCCCGUAUCUAACCCUCUGCAGACUGCCCCUUAUCUCAGUUAUAGUAAUAUACUUUUUACCUCUGUGAUUACCUUGUAUCUAAGCCUCUGCUGACUGUCCCCUUAUCUCAGUUAUAUUAAUAUACUUUUUACCUCUGUGAUUACCCUGUAUCUAAGCCUCUGCAGACUGCCCCUUAUCUCAGUUAUAUUAUUAUACUUUUUACCUCUGUAAUUGCCUUGUAUCUAAGCCUCUGCAGACUGCCCCUUAUCUCAGUUAUAUUAAUAUACUUUUUACCUCUGUGAUUACCCUGUAUCUAAGCCUCUGCAGACUGCCCCUUAUCUCAGUUAUAUUAAUAUACUUUUUACCUCUGUGAUUACCUUGUAUCUAAGCCUCUGCAGACUGCCCCUUAUCUCAGUUAUAUUAAUACACGUUUUACCUCUGUGAUUACCCUGUAUCUAAGCUCUGCAGACUGCCCCUUAUCUCAGUUAUAUUAAUACACGUUUUACCUCUGUGAUUACCCUGUAUCUAAGCCUCUGCAGACUGCCCCUUAUCUCAGUUAUAUUAAUAUACUUUUUACCUCUUUGAUUACCUUGUAUCUAAGCCUCUGCAGACUGCCCCUUAUCUCAGUUAUAUUAAUAUACUUUUUACCUCUGUGAUUACCCUGUAUCUAAGCCUCUGCAGACUGCUCCUUAUCUCAGUUAUAUUAAUAUACUUUUUACCUCUGUGAUUACCCUGUAUCUAAGCCUUUGCAGAUUGCCCCCUUAUUGCAGUUCUUUUGACAAACUUGCAUUUUUAGCCAAUCAGUGCUGAUAUGUGUAUAACUCCACGGGAGUGAGCACAAUGUUAUCUAAUAUGGCACACAUGAACUAUCGCCAUCUAGCUGUGAAAAGUUAAUAAAAUGCGGUGGGAUAAGGACUUAGAAAUUAGCAUAUGAGCCUACCUAGGUUUAGCUUUCUACAAAUAAUAUCAAGAGAACAAAGCAAAUUUGAUGAUAAAAGUAAAUUUGAAAGUUUUUGAAAAUUACAUUCUCUAUCUGAAUCAUGAAAGUUUAAUUUUGACUAGACUGUCCCUUUAAGAGCAAAAUGUAGUCUACUUUUUUUUUUUUUUUUUUUUUUUUAGAGGACAUUUCAAAUUUAUUAUUUUUUGUUUUUAAACUUUUGUUCUUGUCAUAAUGAAUAAAUAUUUUUUUGUUGUCGCUCAAGCAGCUGCACGUCCAUCUUCACCAGUAAAACAGUGGGAGUUGUAGCAAACCAAAACUGCGGCAUUAGAUUCAAUGGAAACAGAUUUUACUUAAAGGGACAGUCUACACCAGAAUUUUUAUUGUUUUAAAAGAUAGAUAAUCCCUUUAUUACCCAUUUCCCAGUUUUGCAUAACUAACACAGUUAUAUUAAUGUACUUUUAACUUCUGUGAUUAUCUUGUAUCUAAGCCUCUGCAAACUGCCCCUUUAUUUCAGUUCUUUUGACAGACUUGCAGUUUAGCCAAUCAGUACCUGCUCCCAGAUAACUUCACGUGCACGAGUGCAGUGUUAUCUAUAUGAAACACAUGAGCUAACACCCUCUAGUGGUGAAAAACUGUUAAAAUGCAUUCUGAAAAGAGGUGGGCUUCAAGGUCUAAGAAAUUAGCAUAUGAACCUCCUAGGUUAAGCUUUCGACUAAGAAUACCAAGAGAACAAAGCAAAAGUGGUGAUAAAAGUAAAUUGGAAAAUUGUUUAAAAUGACAUGAUCUAUCUGAAUCAUGAAAGUUUAUUUUGGCCUAGACUGUCCCUUUAAUAUUUUAUUCAGGCAAACAAAAUUUUUAGGGAAGCGGCUUCUAAGACUAAUAAGUUACUAGCAUGUAUUAAGAGGAAAGCAUAAUUCUCUCACUAUAUAAAUCCCUGGUAAGACUUCACCUUGUGUAUGGAGUGCAGUUCUGGGGACCAAUCUCAAAAAAUAGAUUGCAGACUUAGAAUAAGUUCAGAGAAGGGCCACAAAGCUAAUACAGGGGACUGGAGAAUUUAAGCUAUGAGUGGAGGUUAGCCAAACUGGGUCUGUUUUCUCUAGAAAAAAAGUGCUUGAGAGGUGACAUGAUAACUUUAUAUAAAUAUAUUCAAGGCCCAUAUACAGCGAUGGUAGAAGCUCUGUUUAUUCCAAGAAAAUUUUGACAAGGUCACAAUUUAAAGCUGGAUGAAAGGAGAUUUUAUCUCCAGCAAUUUAAACGUUUUUUCACUGUAAGAGCAAUAAAAUUGUGGAAAUAAUUACCUAAGGAGGUAGUAAAUGCCAAUACCUUAGGUACUUUAAAAUGGUUUAGAUAAAUUUCUGUUGCUGGGCUAGUACGGAAAUCAUUGAUAAGAAUCACUAUUGAUAGUUUAGCCAGUGAAAUCUAAUCAUUUUUAUGGCACCUUCUUGUGUGCUACUGCGGCUCUGUCCUUCUAGAACGUCACUUCAGGACUCUCACAAUGAGCUGCAGCGUUAGUCUCUUCUCAGGUUAGGUGUGUGCAGGUUGUAUUUCCUAGACUCUACCUGUACUGAUUAUAUAGAUAAUCUGAUUAUGUACUGUUAUAUAGAUAAUCUGAUGAUGUACUGUUAUAUAGAUAAAUAUUACACAAGCCAAAAGCUGAUGACCAACAUGUUCUAGACCACGGGUGUCAAACACACUCCCGCGGGCCGAAUCCGGCCCACCAGACCUCGUCAUGUAGCCCGUGUAGCCGCCGCCAGCCUUCACAUUUUAUUCUCGCUUUUUUUUUUUUGCUUUUUUUUUUUUCAGGACUCAGGAGAAACAUACUCAUACUGUCUUGCAUACAGCGGCUGUGAGACUGAGUAUCCACUUACAGUCGCUGUAUGCAGGAGAGACAGGUGCUGCUGGCUGCGCUAUGGAUCCUGAACAGGGGCUUCCGAGAUCUCUCAGAUCUAUUCUGUGCACUACUGCUGAGCUGAUGUGAAAUCUCCUGAGAACUCCCCUACCCAGAGCUUGCAGCGGUCGCGGUCCUUUUCCUCACAGUCACCUUAUAAUCAUAACUGCAAUAAUCAUAAUGCGAUUAAGAUGUGAGCGGCCGGCGGGUCAUUAGAAGAACGCUCCUCUGGGCUCCCCUGAUACCGCGAUUCUCUGCUAUAAUGAUGGCUCUCGAUAUGAUGCUGCUGCCCCUGUGCCUGCCCGGCGAAAUAGCAGGUCACUCAGUUCUCACCCUUAUAGAAGUGAUUCAAGUGAGAGUCUCACUUCUAUAAGGGUGAGAGAACUGACUUGUGACCUGCUAUUUCGCGGGGCAGCAGCAUCAUAUCGUUGUGGUGUAGAGUGGCUGGAGCUUUGGUUGUACUCAUAGUAUUGCUGAGAGGAGGCUCUGAGGCAGUGUGUAACUGAGCUGUGCCGACAUUUGGUUGGGAGUGCUGUACUGAGACUGCUGCCAGAAGCUGUUCAUUACUGCUAGGCCCCCAUGGCGCUUACCAGACUCUUUGCUUUAGAUUUCGGGUCUAAAAGACUCUAUUAGUCUGAAGAUUAGGAUUAUGACCCCCGGAGAGAAGGCAGAUAUCGUUCCUCCGGAGUCCAGACAUUGAACUUGUGUUUUAGCUGGUUUUAAGAUGGAGGCGCAGACAUGAAGAAUCUUGGUACUGUUGUAACACUAGUAAAUAUUUCAUAUUAAAAGAGAAAAUGUAUGUGGGACGGGUUAAAUAUAAAUGUCAGAUAUAUUCUCAAAUUUUGUUUCAUGAAACAUGGGAGUGCUGUGUGCAAUGGACAAAUGUUAACAGCACAAUAAGAGGUCCAAACACUUUAAAAAAAUAAAUAAAAAAUACAUAUUUAACUUAUGGAAAACUUCUGGCUGGGAGGAAGUGACUGAGUGAGAACAAGACACUGACCUCCUGCUCCCUCAUCACUUCCUCCCAGCUUCCCUAUGUAUCUGCACGCGCGGGAAAAGGGCUAGCAGCAGAGACCAGAGAGGCAGCAGCAGGCACACAGCGAGGCUGGUAAGGAAAACAUGUUUUUUUUAAAUAAUAUGUCAGCAGGACAAUUCUAAGUAAACAGCCGUUCUGAGGCUCUGUCUCUGCAGAUUGUCUUAUUCUGCUCUCAGCCUUCCCCAGGUAAUAAAUCAAAUCUUUAUCUCGGUAGUCUGCUCCUACACUUGUACUGUCUGUGACUGAUUUGUAGUCUGCACAGAUUUUAUUAACCUUAUCCCUGCCUGUUAUGCUUGCAUGCAUGGGAAAACAUAUUCACACUGCAUUAUCAUUAGUUUAUUGCCCACCUAAAUCAGAGCAGUAAUAAAGUUUUUGUGUGUAAGUGUGUGUUUGUGUGUAAAUGUGUGAAUGUAUGUUUGUGUGUAAGUAUGUGUGUGUAAAUAUGUGUAUGUGUGUUUGUGUGUAAAUGUGUGUUUGUGUGUAAAUGUGUGUUUGUGUGUAAAUGUGUGUAAGUAUGUGUGUAAAUAUGUGUUUGUGUGUAAAUGUGUGUUUGUGUGUAAAUGUGUGAAUGUAUGUUUGUGUGUGUAAAUAUGUGUUUGUGUGUAAAUGUGUGAAUGUAUGUUUGUGUGUGUAAAUAUGUGUUUGUGUGUAAAUGUGUGAAUGUAUGUUUGUGUGUGUAAAUAUGUGUUUGUGUGUAAAUGUGUGAAUGUAUGUUUGUGUGUGUAAAUAUGUGUUUGUGUGUAAAUGUGUGAAUGUAUGUUUGUGUGUGUAAAUGUGUGUUUGUGUGUUUGUGUGUAAAUGUGUGAAUGUAUGUUUGUGUGUGUAUGUGUGUGUAAAUAUGUGUAUGUGUGUUUGUGUGUAAAUGUGUGAAUGUAUGUUUGUGUGUGUAAAUGUGUGUGUGUGUUUGUGUGUAAAUGUGUGAAUGUAUGUUUGUGUGUGUAAAUAUGUGUGUGUGUGUUUGUGUGUAAAUGUGUGAAUGUAUGUUUGUGUGUGUAAAUGUGUGUUUGUGUGUAAAUGUGUGUUUGUGUGUAAAUAUGUGUGAAUGUAUGUUUGUGUGUGUAAAUAUGUGUAUGUGUGUUUGUGUGUAAAUGUGUGAAUGUAUGUUUGUGUGUGUGAAUGUGUGAAUGUAUGUUUGUGUGUGUAAAUAUGUGUAUGUGUGUAUGUAUGUUUGUGUGUGUAAAUAUGUGUUUGUGUGUAAAUGUGUGAAUGUAUGUUUGUGUGUGUAAGUAUGUGUGUGUAAAUAUGUGUAUGUGUGUUUGUGUGUAAAUGUGUGUUUGUGUGUAAAUGUGUGAAUGUAUGUUUGUGUGUGUAAAUAUGUGUGUGUGUAUUUGUGUGUAAAUGCUAGUUAUUACUUACACAUUAUUAGAAAAAACAGUAAUAAUUGAAUGCAGUGACAAUAAUUUAUUAUGAUAAUAAAGAGUGGACACAUAGUCCUAGAUUCAACCGGCCCUUUGAGGAUGACCAAACUGCUGAUGCGGCCCCCGAUGAAUUUGAGUUUGACACCCCUGUAUCUAGACUUUUAAUUUGCCUUGGGAAGAUAUAAUAAAUCUCACAUUUCAGGGAUUUUUUUAAAUAAAGACCUUUGACUGGUCCAAGAUUAAUAACUCAUAUGCUAACAUAUUAAUAUAUAUAUAUGUAAUCUUUUAUAUAGUUAUAUUACACAUGGAACUAAUGACUUAAACACAAACAAUUGUCGCUUUAUGAAUGAUGUGUGCAAAUUAUGGGGAGAGUGCCUUAUCUGCCUUAAUUGUGGCCAAUAUCUCACUAUACUACAGAAAGGUCAGCAAGAUAUAAACAGGGCUGGUUUUCCCAUCAGGCAGUUGCCCAGGGCCCCCUUUCCUGGUUUGUCACUCGUGUCCUCUGUACAUCCAACAGAAUGACUUAAGGAGACGCGUGUGGCAUGGUCACAGUGAGGAUGUGUGUUACCAUUGGCCUCACUGGACACAAAAGGAUUUGAAUGUCACAGAGCACUAGUAUUUGGCACUUACGGCUGCUGAUGGCAUCAGCUUAACCAAUCAUGAUCAUAACAAGUUUCUGGCAUAACAACUUACAACAGUAGUGGAAUAGUUAACUGUACUUUAUCAAUUAAACCAAACUCCAAACCUUUGUCUCUAAUAUAUAUGAUCAUUAACCAACAUUUGGUCACUUACAUGUCAUAUGUAGACAUCAGUUUUUUUGUGGUACCAGCAGAGGGCGGGCAAGUUUUAUUCUAAUCAUACGUAUUUGACUACAAUGGAUUAUCCAUGAAAAUAUUUUGCUUAUUAAAAUACAAAUGAAGAUAUUUCUAUGUAUUUGAAAGACAGAUGACUGAACUACCAAAGAAUCAUUAAUUAUUGUGAUCUCCACUCUAACAAGAGAUUGUGUACUUCUGCACUGAAAUUAUUCUCUGCGUUCCCUAAUAAAAAUGUCCUUAUAUUAAUGA